GUUGGGGGUACCCUGAGGGAGGAGCUUCCGAGGACUGGCUGCUUGGCUGCUGUUCUUAGGACCCGACUACAAAGCCGACGGUGACCCAGCCUUCUUCCGAAAGGACGCGCAGGCCUGCGAGGGCCAAGCGAGGAAUCCGACGUAUUUCAGAUUUUGAGUGUUGAACUUUACUUCAAAAUCAUGUCAAAGGAGAUACUGAAACCAGAGCCUUUUCCCAAAACUCGUCAGAGAAAUGACCCGCACUGGAUCACCGAUAGAACAUUCUUCAUUGACGGUUCCAACCAGAGUUUGAUGACCGUCCCGUCGGAGAUUUUGGCCUUGAAAGAUUUGGAAGAGUUGCACUUGGAAAAUAACCUGAUCGCAGAAAUUCCCCGGGAUAUUCAGCAUUUAAAGAAUAUCAAGGUCCUCUAUCUGAAUAAGAACAAACUGCAGAGCCUGUGUCCAGAGCUGGGGACGCUCAGCAACCUGGAGGGCCUGGACUUGAGCGGCAACCCCCUGCUGGCCUCCUCGCUGCCGGCGCUCAGCCGCCUGCGCACCCUGCGCGAGCUCCGGCUCUACCGUGCCGGCCUGGGAGAGGUUCCGGGCGUGAUCUGUAAAUCCCUCCAUCACCUGGAGCUGUUUGGGCUGGAGGGGAACCAGCUGGAACAUCUGCCGGAGGAAAUCGUGAACCAGACCAAGCUCAGGGAGAUCUACCUGAAACAAAACCAGUUCAAGGUUUUCCCUCGCGAGCUCUGUGUUCUCUGCAACCUGGAGAUCAUUGACCUGGACGAGAACAAGCUGAAGGCCAUCCCAGAAGAAAUCGGGCAUCUGACGAAGCUGCAGAAGUUCUACGUGGCGUCCAACCACCUGUCCUUCCUGCCGGAGUCGCUGAGCCAGUGUAGCAAACUGUCGGUGAUGGACUUGUCCCACAACUUCCUCCACUCGCUCCCGCUCACCCUGGACCAGCUCACCGAAAUGACCGAGGUUGGCCUGAGUGGGAACCGCCUGGAGAAGUUGCCGCGCCUCGUCUGCAGGUGGACGUCGCUGCACCUGCUCUACCUGCGCGACACCACCCUGCGCGGCCUGCGGCGCUCCUUCAAGCGCCUGGUCAACCUGUGUUUCCUGGAUCUCAGCCAGAACCACAUGGACCACUUCCCGAUGCAGCUCUGCGCGCUGAAGAAGCUGGAGAUCCUGGCCAUGGAUGAUAAUAAAAUAGGACAGUUACCAUCGGAACUGGGCUCACUUUCAAAACUAAAGAUACUUGGACUAACAGGAAACGAUUUCACAUCCUUCCCAGAGGCGAUCUUUUCCUUACCGUCUCUGGAGAAAUUAUACAUUGGACAAGAUCAGGGAACCAAGCUUUCCUAUGUGCCAGAAAACAUUGGGAACCUACAGAGUCUUAAAGAGCUGUACAUAGAAAACAAUCAUUUGGAGUACCUGCCCACAUCCUUGGGAUCAAUGCGAAACCUGGAAGUUCUUGAUUGUCGCCACAAUCUGCUCAGGCAACUCCCAGAUGCCAUUUGCCAAGCACAAGAUUUGAGAGAGCUGCUGCUGGAAGACAACUUACUCACCCACCUCCCAGAGAACCUGGAUCAACUGGUAAAUAUUAAGGUUCUGACACUGAUGGACAACCCCAUGGAAGACCCGCCAAUGGACGUGUGUACCCAAGGCAGUGAGGCUAUACGGAAACACCUGAAGGAAAACAGAAUUAGGAAAAUAAUGGCAAGAAAGAUUCAGGCGUGGUGGCGUGGAACCGUGGUGCAGAAAAGGUCCCGUGAAGAACCAGUAAAAGCACAAAAGAAAGGAAAAACCUCUCCAAAAGAUAAGAAAGGAAAAAAGGCUGCCAAAGGGAAACCUGCAAAAGGAAAUAAAAAGUAA